AUGCAACGUACAGUUGGGAAACAUGUUUCAGAUUUUUCCUCUUUUUUAAGAUAGGUCAAAUAAGGAGAGGACGACACCGUAUCAGGAUUUUCGUUCUCGAUUGCAAAUUAGGGCUGACAAAUCAACGGUGGCGUUGCCUAGCCUAGCCUGAUACCUUGAGGUCAAGAACAAGAAGAAGAAGAAGAAGAUAUCAGAUGAAAGCAUAAAGAAACCCUAGAAAACAGAAAUUUUGAAGGAAAGGAGAGAAAAAGAGAGGGAUACAGAGAGAGAGAGAUGGGGAAUCCAAAGCAAAAGUGGACAUCAGAGGAAGAAGAAGCGUUGAGAGCAGGAGUAGCCAAACACGGUACUGGAAAAUGGAAAAACAUACAGAGAGACCCUGAGUUCAAUCCUUACCUUUACUCCCGCUCUAAUAUCGAUCUCAAGGAUAAAUGGAGGAAUAUGACUGUUAGUGCCGGUAGCCAAAGCGUUAAGGACAAGUCUCGGACGACAAAAGUGAAAUCCAUUCCUGAUGCUGCUGCUGCAACUCCACUGCCCAACCCCCAAACUUCUGCUGCUGCUGCCGCCGCCGCCGAUGUUGUUAUCGAUGAUUAUUCGGAAGCCGCAGCGGAUUCGAAAACUGCUCCUAAGUACAAUGCCAUGAUUUUUGAAGCAAUUUCAGCCUUUAAUGAGCCAAAUGGAGCAGAUACUAGUGCAAUAAUCAGCUACAUUGAGCAAAGACAAGAGUUACCACAAAAUUUUAGGAGGCAAUUAAGUUCAAGGUUGAGGAGGCUGGUAGCUCAGGAAAAACUUGAAAAGGUCCAAAAUUGCUACAAGAUAAAGAAAGUUUCUUCGUUUGGGACAAAAACACCAACUCCUAAGAAAGAGGUGCGUCCUAAGUCUGUACAUGACACCGGUGAUACUGUCGAAGGAGCAGCAAAUGACGCUGCAUAUAGUGUUGCAGAAGCAGAAAACAAAUCAUUUGUUGCCACUGAAGCAGUUAAGGAGUCAGAGAGGGUUUCAAAGAUGGCUGAAGACGCAGAUUCACUACUGCAGUUGGCCAACGAGAUACUUGAGAAAUGCUUACGAGGUGAGAUUGUGAUCAUGGGAUGAGAUACGAGCUCAAACCUCUUAAAAUGAUGGGCGGGAGAUGACCCAACAACUAGAAUGCAUGUAAAUAGUGCCUGUUUCUUCCCUCAAUUUUUUUUCAGGCAUGAUUAAGCUAAAUUAUUGGGCUGGUUUUGCGGUAGCUAUUAUAAUGUAAUUUCUCAGAAAAGAUAUUCGUGAUAGAUAUUGUAGAAGAAAACAUUUAAUUUUGAUGUCCUUAGAGCUCUUGUUCUUUGAUUUGACAUAGAUGCCAUUUAGCAGCGGAACGGAAUUUUGUUUUCCCUCCCUGCUUGAAUC